UCUGAGCUCUCUGAUUGGUGGACGAAGCCCUGUCAGAGUGACUCGCGACUUGGAAACCGGUAGAGGAGGUCGUUGCGGCCGCUACUGCUGCCGCUAUGCAGAGAGAGGAGAAGCAGCUUGAGGCAUCAUUAGAUGCACUGCUGAGUCAAGUAGCCGAUCUAAAGAACUCACUGGGGAGUUUCAUUUACAAGCUGGAGAACGAGUAUGACCGGCUGACCUGGCCCUCUGUCCUGGACAGCUUUGCCUUGCUGUCUGGACAGUUGAACACUCUGAACAAGGUCUUGAAGCAUGAAAAGACACCACUGUUCCGUAACCAGGUCAUCAUUCCACUGGUGUUGUCCCCAGACCGUGAUGAAGAUCUCAUGCGGCAGACUGAAGGACGAGUGCCUGUUUUCAGCCAUGAGGUGGUCCCCGACCAUCUGAGAACCAAGCCUGACCCUGAGGUUGAAGAGCAAGAGAAGCAACUGACAACAGAUGCUGCCCGCAUUGGUGCUGAUGCAGCUCAGAAGCAGAUCCAGAGCUUGAAUAAAAUGUGCUCAAACCUUCUAGAGAAAAUCAGCAAAGAGGAACGAGAAUCAGAGAGUGGAGGUCUCCGGCCGAACAAGCAGACCUUUAACCCUGCAGACACCAAUGCUUUGGUGGCAGCUGUUGCCUUUGGGAAAGGGCUAUCUAAUUGGAGACCUUCAGGCAGCAGUGGACCUGGCCAGGCAGGCCAGCCAGGAACUGGGACAAUCCUUGCAGGAGCCUCAGGAUUACAGCAGGUGCAGAUGACAGGAGCUCCAAGCCAGCAGCAGUCAAUGCUCAGUGGGGUACAAAUGGCCCAAGCAGGUCAACCAGGGAAAAUGCCGAGUGGAAUAAAAACCAACAUCAAGUCAGCUUCAAUGCAUCCCUACCAGCGGUGAGUGUGGCCGGCGCCCUCCACUCCCAGGUGCUCUUUGCAGAGUCGGGCAGUGAAAUUGCCUUUUGCCCAAAGCUGACCUAGAUGGGUACAAUAAAAAACAUGGGCUUUCAGCCACAGACAAAUCCCAGCUCACCACUGACGAGCUGUGUGACCUUGGGCAAGUGACCUAAUCUUUCUGAGCCUGUUUUCUUAUUUGUAAAUGAUGAUGACACCUAUACCUCCUAAGGUUUUUGUGAGGAUUGAAAUAAGAAAAUGAAUGUAAAACACUUAGCACAGUAUAUGAAAUAAUGGGUAUUCAAUAAAUGAUAGUUUCUACA